AUUUCGACACUACUGCUGUUCGGUCGUCGGUUAGGCAAGGAUGAAGUUUUACGCAGGCACACUAGUGUUUUUAAUUCCGACUUUAGCUUUAGCUAGAUGUAAGGCCACUGGUCAGACCAAGGAGCAUGACGACUCUGACCAGCAAAGACUCGUUUUCGACGAUGAUCUCCUGCUCCCCGCCACAAAUGACAACAUAUACCAGUCGAAACUCAACGAAAUGCGAAACCGCAGCCGUGUAACCCUGCCAACUCCGUGCGCGAAUCUGGAAGCGUAUUCCGGAUUCAUCCCUGUCGACGACAACAAAAACUCUACGUACUUGUUCUUCUUGCACAUCAAGUCGCAGAUCGAUGCCGAUAAGAAGCCCCUUCUUCUGUGGCUACAAGGUGAUCCAGGGAAAUCUGCGCUCUACAGCCAGUUCCUUGAAAAUGGCCCUCUUGGCAUUGACGCUGGCGGGAAGUUGUACCGCAGAAGCCACACUCUCUUAAAUCAGUUUAACAUCAUCUAUCUGGACCAACCUGCCGGAUCCGGAUUCAGUUUCGAUAGAAACCGCGAAUACCCAUGGACGCUCCAACAGGUUUCUACUCACGCCAUCAAAUUUCUCAGGCGGUUUCUGAGAAUUUACUCCGAGUACAAGGGAAGAGAGUUCUUCAUCGCUGGAGAAUCGUACGGAGCAAGGUCAGCUAUUGGCUUGGCACAGAAACUGCUGGCACAACCACAGAAGGUUUCGUUGAGCUUGAAGGGCGUGAUGCUUGGCAAUGGCUUUGUCUUUCCGCUUUUAGAAAUAAUCAACUCAGCCGAUUACCUCUAUUGUUCCGGCCUGCUCGACGAACAAGGUCGCUCUAGGUUUGAUCAGGAAUUUCAGAAAAUUGAAUAUAUGAUCAAAGCACAAAACUUUACUCAAGCUGCAGCAUUGCUGAGCCAAACGGUCCUCAACAUACAUCCAGGUGGAAAGAAAACAUUGUUCGAGGAGUUGACGGGCUUUCAGCACCACGGAAGCAUCACAAACCCUCUCAGGGCGAAGGAAUUUGGUAAAUACGUGGAAUACGCAAACAGAGAACAUUUCAAGAAGCUGAUUCACGUUGGUACCUCAAGAAUCCUCGACGCCACGAGCUAUGACGUCACAAGGAAGUUAGUGAUAGGAAACUUCUUCGUUGAUGUGACGCCAACCUUGGUGGACGUACUCGACAAAGCUUACGUCCUUUUCUACACAGCACAGCUGGACGCCAUAUUCCCGGCCACUAACAUGGAACGUUCCUUUGCGAAGUUGAAAUGGCAAGGCUCAGAAAUGUUCAAGGAAGCUGUUCGGAAGCCUUGGUACCAGACAGGCAGUCCCUAUAAGGUACCGACGGGUUACGAGAAAAUGGCAGGGGCAGUAAUGUACAACAGCGUGCUCUUCGGCGGACAUUUUAUAUCAUCCGACCAAUCGAUGGCUGUGAGCGACAUGUACAACCGGUUUUUGAAGUUUACUUCAAAGCCGGCUCCACCUGCGCCGGGCCAUAAGUGUGGCAGCAGCAAGAAGUCUUGCUGAUCUGGCACCAUUUCAUAAUGUUAGUGCGCCCUUAUGAACCACGUGAAAGCUGUUUUAAACAUGCUCGUUCUAUAACUUCAUGUUUGAGCACUGAAUAAAUAAAUACAUUUCUGGA